UCGUACUUUCCCCCCCGUUGAACAGCUUGAUAACAGAAAUGAUUUUGCUUAAACUAACUGGUAUGAGACUGGUAUGAGACUGGGAUUAGUUAAUGUGUCUUUCUGUUUAAGAUAAGAUCCGUCUUUUGAUUUACAGUCUAAAAAUCUUAGACUUGAGGGGUUUCCGUUCAUCACUUCCGGGUCUGUUUGGAUGAUUCUUCGAGUUCACUCUAGGUGAGAGGCUGGUGGUCAUUUAUUGGCUUUAACAUGGUUCACAGCAAAGAGACUGAACCUGAGCACCGGUUUUACGGUUUUACCAGAACAGUUUCCGCAUCUCUCACCCACCUGAUCUGCAUCGUGUUCACUGUUUUCAUUACUGUCCUGUCCCGACCGGGCUCAAGUUUGUUUUCCUGGCACCCAUUCUUAAUGACACUAGCAUUCUCCUUAUUCAUGACAGAAGCAAUACUCCUCUUCUCGCCUCAUGGCUCCCCUAUAAAAAGUUUGCCACACAAAACCAAAGGCCGUGUUCACUGGAUUCUGCAGUGCAUCUGUGUGUCUUGUGCAGUCCUGGGCCUUGCAGCCAUCUUUUACAACAAGCACUUGAAUGAUAAACCCCACUUCACCUCAUGGCAUGGUUUUCUGGGGCUGAUCACAGUGUGUGUGGUGGGACUUCAGUCUUUGGCAGCUGUGCCUCUCAUCUUCCACUCUCUGGCCAAAGGCUGGUCCCUGGCCAAACUCAAGCGCUACCACGCAGCAUGUGGACUGGUCACGUACCUGCUGGGCAGUGUCAGCCUGCUGCUCGGUCUCUGCUCUGCCUGGUUCGCUGCAUCUGUGAGCGGAUACACCUGGUACCUGUCAGCACUGUGCCCCGCCCUCACUGCCCUUGUUAUGAUGAACCAAGUCACCACGGCCUACAUGGCUAAGAAAAGGUUUCAGUCCUGAGAGAAGACACCAUUUCAACACUUCUACAAGAAAAUCACGAGAUGCAAGGCUUGCCAACGAGAUUUAACUAUUAAAGGCAGUGGAUGCAUUUUGCACAGUAGUAAUAUGAGAGAUGAGAUACUUAAAAUGUUCUUUAAAUUAAAAAAUAUAUUUCUCUUUACAUAACAAUCGUACUGAAGAUCUCUUUGAGGUCACUGAGUGAGGAUGUCCUGUAUUUGUUGUUUUAAUGCAGGAAUUUGGUAGAGAUCACUCACAUGAUCAUUCAUUAUUUCACACUUUCAGGUAUAUUGCACAUUUUUGUCUUUCUUCUGUGGUUUCUGAUUAUUCAAGCGAUGCUGAAGUAGAUUAUGACCAAAACGUGAAAUGAAUGAUAAACCAUUCAGCCUCCACUCUACUUUGUGUUUUGGGGGACUAUGCAGAUUUAGCAUGCAGAUUACAACAUGAGAAAUAUUUCACCUGCUAGACAUCAGCAUGUUUACAUGUUAUAUUUUUAGCAUUCAUCCAAGAGUUGUUGUUCAUAAAUCCAGCCGCAGUGUCCCUUAAAGCAGCAUGGCUGUAACCUGUAAGACAUUUUUUAGGCUUAAUUGGUAAAAUCUUGACUGAAUUAAGGCAAAAAAAAAGAAUAAAUCAUCAAAUUGCAAUGAAAUUCAAGGGUUAGAGCUGCUUUUGGUAAUAUAAUAUAAACCUGAUGAUUGCAAGAUGAUGUCACUUAUUUGAAGCCACUGUAAGUAGGUUUGUAUGUGGUUAUGAAUCAGACUGAAACGAAUAGUGAUGCCUUUUUGUGACCAAAGCAAACAAUAAUAUCAGAAUAAAGACUGAUUAUUUCAAUGUUGUCGUUUGUAAUGCCUUUAACUGCAGGCUGUCCCAGUGCAGGAAGGGCCCAUGACUGAUAGAGGCCCUACACAUAAUAAUACAGUAGUUAAUGUAUUUUCAAUAUUAUAUUAUUUUCAUUUUUCUUGGGGACCAAAAUUCCUGGCAGCACCCUUGAUCUACUGAUGUUCCUUUUUUUCUGUUUCAAAUGUAUUUAUUGCACCUUUUGUGUCCCCUUGACUUAAAAUCAUGAACUGACAGUUGAUUUAAAAUAACCUCAUUAAGUUUUAGGAAGCUUUUUGGUAUGUGUACUCUGACAGGAAGCCGAUAUUUGUUGUUUAUUUAUUGAUUCUCUAAUUUAAAUCUGAUGUCAUGAUGAGUGUUUGCAGGCUUGUAGCCACUUUCUAUUGAAGUUGCCCCGUCCAUUUUAGCAAACUGUUUGCCUGAUAGAGUUAAUACCAAAGUUUUGCCAAUAAAUGUUUACAAGUAA